UCCUCGCUAGCCUCCAUCUUUGCUAAUGCAAACUCUGUAUCUCUGAUACAACAACUCGGCUUACUAUCGUGGAGAGAGAAACCUCUCUAUCUGUUUUAGAGAGAGAAACAGGGCACCUUUCUCUUUCUUCACAAAUACUGAAACCAUAUUCAAGCCAUGCCUUGCAAGACCUCCACCUCUCAUUUCACUCCUCUUCAGAACCAUUCUACAUCUCAAUCCAUUACUCUCUCUCUCUUUCAUUCAUUAGGUUCUCACAUGUAUUAUGAAUAAACAUGCUGCAGAUAUGCAGGCUUGAAUGCGACUCUCACUAGCCAUGUCAGGACUCACACCAUGAGACGAGCAUCGACCUUCAAUCCAGGUCAGUCUAAAACCAUUCUCAUGUUAUUGAACAAGAGGCUUCUUCACUUUACAAAAUGCAUAUCUUCUUUUCCAAUCCCUGAUAGCCCAGAUGCUGAACUUUUUGAUCUACCAAGCCAAGUUCGAGCUGCCAUUGUUAGGCCUGGUUGGCAAAAGAACCCAUUUUUCAAGAAAUUGGCAUUUUCUCUAACUCCAUUUCAUGUAUGCAAAGUCUUGGAACUUAUCUUGGAUACAAAAAUAGCCCUUAACUUCUUCUUUUGGAUGGGCCAAGUACCUGGUUACAAACACAACCUUCAAUCUUAUGUAGCCAUAUUGGAUCGUCUCAUUCAUGCUGGUUCGAUGGGCAUGGCUGAGAAGAUCAGGAUCACCAUGAUCAAGUCAUGUGAAUCCAUUGAUGACAUUGAGUUUGUAAUUGAUACAUUUAGGAAGAUCGGGGAUAAAUUUAGUCUCACAUUAAGGAGCUAUAACACUUUGCUGAUGGGUUUGGCGAGGUUGGGCGUGGUCAAUACUGCGAAGUCUGUCUAUUUGGAGAUGUUGGGUAAUGGGAUUGCCCCUAAUAUUUAUACAUUCAAUACCAUGAUCAAUGCGUAUUGCAAGUUGGGUAAUGUUCAAGAAGCCCAACUUUAUCUCUCUUCAAUUGUUCAGGCUGGUUUGAACCCCGACACAUUCACUUACACCUCUUUGAUCUUGGGUUAUUGUAGGAAUAGCAAUGUGGAUGAGGCAUAUAGGAUUUUCAAUUUUAUGCCUCAAAAGGGUUGCCCAAGAAAUGAGGUCACAUACACUAUAGUUAUACAUGGUCUAUGUGAAGUUGAGAGGGUCGAAGAAUCAUUCAGUUUGUUUACUCAAAUGGUAGAGGAAGAAGGUCUAAACCCAACUGUUCGAACUUACACAGUACUUAUAGCUGCACUAUGUGGUUUGGGAAGGAGAGAUAAAGCUUUUGGUUUGCUUGAGGAGAUGAGUGAGAAAGGAUGCAAGCCUAAUGUUCACACAUACACAGUGCUUAUUGAUAGUUUAUGCAAGGAUAACAAGCUUGAAGAGGCGGAUAGGCUCAUGCAUGAGAUGACCGAGAGAGGCUUGGCACCGAGUGUUGUCACUUACAAUGCUUUAAUUGAUGGAUACUGUAAGGAAGGGAAAGUGGACUCAGCCUUCGGAAUUUUGGAGGUAAUGGAGUCAAGUGGGGUUAAGCCUAAUGCAAGGACUUAUAAUGAAUUGAUAUGUGGUCUUUGCAAAGAGAAUAAGGUGCAUAAGGCAAUGGGGCUUUUGAGUAAAACACUUGAGAGCGGAUUAACUCCUAGUAUUGUAACUUAUAACUCUCUAAUUUAUGGGCAGUGUAAAGCGGGUCACAUGGAUAGUGCUUUUAGGUUGCUUGACUUGAUGGCUGGGGGUGGGUUUACUGGUGAUCAUUGGACAUACUCUCCAUUGAUUGAUGCCCUCUGCAAAGAUGGCAGGAUAGAUGAGGCAUCUGCUCUCAUCAAUUCACUGCCAGAGAAAGGCAUACAAGCAAACGAGGUGAUUUAUACUUCAUUAAUUGAUGGUUACUGUAAAUUGGGUAAGAUUGAUGAUGCUCGUUCACUGCUCGAUAAAAUGAUUGAACAUGGAUGCUUCCCAAACUCUUAUACUUAUAAUUCUGUAAUUGAUGGUUUGUGCAAAGAAGGUAAAAUGGAUGAAGCAUCAUUGUGCCUGGAGAGGAUGGUGGAAUUGGGAAUAAAACCUACUGUUGUCACAUACACGAUUCUGAUUGAUCAGCUGUGUAAAGAAGAAAAGAUUGAGCAAGCCAUUCAGGUAUUUGAGCAAAUGGUUUCUUCAGGAUGCACGCCAGAUGCCUGUGCUUAUACUUCGAUUAUCUUUGCUUAUUUUAAAGAAGGGAACUUGGAAGAAGUGGAGAAAUUGAUGCUGAAAAUGGACACUGAAGGGAUAUCUGCCGACCAUGUUAUGUGCACACUAUUGGUAGACUGCAUUGCAAGCCACAGAUCGAUCGACAAAGCUUUACUUGCUUUAAAGAAGAUGAAGGACGUCGGUUGUGAACCAAGUCACCAGACUUACACUGUUCUAAUCCGACAUAUUGUUCAAGAAAAUCAUAGUACUAAGGAGCUAUCUUUUCAAAUAAUUGAUGGAUUGGUGGAGGAUCACUCCUCUGUGACCCCAAGUCAUUUUUGGAUGAAAGUAAAGAUAGAGGACACUUUGAAACUCAUGGAGAGAAUGUGGGGACUUGGAUUUGAUCCUAACAUCCAGACCUAUGGUGCUUUCAUAGCGGGAUUUUGCAACGUGGGCAGGUUGGAAGAAGCAGAAGAGUUAGUCAAUUUAGUGAGAGAAAAUGGGUUCUCCCCCAAUGAGGAUAUCUUCACCUCCUUGAUUGAUUGUUCCUGCAAAUUGGGCCUUUGGAGCAAAGCAUUAGAGCUUGUGGAUAUGAUGAUUUCAUGCGGCCAUACACCACAUUUACUAAGUUUUAGGUCACUUAUAUGUGGUCUAUGCAAUGAGGGUAAUGUGGAGAAGGCUCAUAAUGUGUUUAAUGGCAUGCUUCAAUGUGGAUAUAACUCUGAUGAGGUGACCUGGAAGAUUUUGAUUGAUGGGUUGCUGAAAGAUGGCCUUGUAGAUCGAUGCUCUGAAUUGCUAGGCAUCAUGGAGAAAGGGGGCUUUCCUCCUAGUUCUCAAACAUAUGAUUUGUUGAUUAAACAACUUCCUGAAUAAUGUUGAGGGAUGAUGAUGGAAUAUUAUCUUCUGGAAGGCUACACCUUAAGAUGCCCUCUGUCCCUGACCUACCUGCAAUCUAUCAGAGCCUACCUUUUGUAUUCCCAGGAAAGAAGAUCAAUGGAUGACAAAAUGUUGAUGGCCUCAUAUUUUAGGUUGUAUAGAUAUCCAUAUGAAGUUCGUUGGCAGAGGAUGCUCGAAUAAGUUGAAUACCUUGAGAACUUCAGUUGGAUUGAUCAUUUCACAAUGGACAAAUCAGUUCUGUUAUGAUUCAGCAUUUGGAAGAAGUGACUUCCUGCCAUAAUUUCUGGGGAGGAAAAGAACUGGACCAAUGCUGAUACUUUUAGGGAGAUACCUUCCCUGGACUUGCAUUCUGACCACUCACCAAAUCUUUAUUUCCAUGAAGCAAAUAUUAUAUGCUGUAGCGGCUAUUCCAUAAGAAAGGUUCUAGCAGGCUUAAAGUUGUCGCCUAUAGUCAUCUAGAGGAACUCCCGGGUAUUCCUUUCCCAUUACUGAUAAUUUUAGGGAAAACAUGUUUACACCCCUCUGGUAAUUUUAGAAGCCUCUGGCAUUUCCCUCGUACUACUGAUAAUUUUGAAGAAUAAUUUUAUGUCUCUUUGUAUAACAUGUAACUGUCAUUGAAGUUAUGUGCCUAAUUUUGAGGGAAGUUCUUGUUGAAGUUUAACAAUUUAUCAUGCUGGAUCUCCACAAUAGAAUAUAUUUUCUUUUACAAAUAAAAUUGACCACCUAAGUUUCCAGAAAUGAUAUUCAUUGUUCAUACGCUUUUCAUUCAAAAACCAUGCAAAUUGAUUGUGUAUGAUAAGCAAAUAAACCCCAAUAGCCAUCCAAUGAACUCUGAAUUAUUAUUAUUUUUCUAUACCUUCUUCUUUUAAACCGAGAAAUUAGUUUUAGAGGAGAAACUCUGAAUUAUUAUUAUUUUUCUAUUUUGUGUGGUCACUUUUUGUUACUAAACCAUUGAUAUCUAAAUGUUCUACAAGGUAUUUUCAGGAAUGUGAAGAUUGGGUUAUCCAAUUUAAGCAUUGUCACCUCAUGAAUGCCUACAUGAAAUGCCUAUGCCUUCUUCCUUUAAUCGUUUGCUUCCUAUGUUUUUUCUUUCCUAAAUCUGUUUCUUGCU